GGGCACCAAGACUUCCUCUUUUCUUGGCCUCGCAAACCCUACUAUACUAUUUCAGCGGAGUGUCAGGUAUAAAGGGUCCGGAUCCUGUGCGGCGGAUCCCUGAUUUUGAAACAUCUGCCAUCGUGGUUUAUACUGUGUACAGUUCUCAAAUCACCUCGCCAAAAUGAGAUUAUCUAUCUUUUUCAUUGCACUCAUGACUUCGGUUUCAUCCGCAGUCUCGACUGAGGAUCCAGGUCCAUCUCCUACUGCUUCAGUCGGCUGUGAGCCACACGGAGACCAUUGGCACUGUGAUGGUCCAGCCUCAACAGCUGUCUCCUCAGGUACAUCGAGGGCAAGCGAGGUCGAAGUGAGCACCACCUCUGCGGAUGCUUCUCCCACAUUGCCUAGUCCAACCGAGUCUGUUGGUUGCGAGCCACAUGGCGACCACUGGCACUGCGAUGGACCGGCCGAGACGGCUGGUGCCUCCUCGAGCGCCACCGUGAGUGCUUCUCCCACAAUGCCUAGCCCUACCGAGUCUAGUGGUUGCGAGCCGCAUGGCGAUCACUGGCACUGUGAUGGACCGGCCGAGACGGGUAGCGCCUCCGCGAGCGCCUCCGCCAGUGCCUCUACGAGUUCUGGAGAUGAAGGCGGUGCUGGAGCAAUUGGAGUGCAAAUUUCCCUGCUUGUUGGACUGUCACUUGUUGCUGCUGGUUUGAAUCUUUAAUUCUCGACGACCUCGGAGACAUGAUACUGUCUAUGUGUGUGUGGGUGUGUGUGUUACUAUAUCAAGACGACCACCUCAAAGUACAGUGAUUAGGAAUCAAUGCCUUAGGAAUCAAUAACUUAGGAAUCAAU